AUGUUCGCCUUCCAAGAACUCGAUGCUUCGUCCCAGUUCAUGAAAAUUCCGGACGCCUCCCGAUUGGCGUUGAUCAACUAUCCCUGUUCGCGCCCUUCCAAUAAAGAACUCGUCAACGAAUACGCUGUCGCUUUGGACAUCACGUAUGUUUCGAGCCUCCCUCAUGUUCCACUCUACAACACAUUUCAGAGAAGGAGUUACGCUCAAAGGCGCGCCUGGAUCCGCAUGCCCGGCAGAUCGACACAAUGAGCGUGGAUUGUGUGUGCUCAUGAAAAGUGCUACAACAACGUCGUCGUCUCCCUCUUCUCCUUCUCCUUCUUCUUCUACUUCUUCUUCUCCUUCUCCUUCUUCUUCUUCUGCUCUCCGAGUCAUUUUCCUGCUCGCCCUCCUCUCCGGAAUCGUCGAAAUGUACUACUACUAUAGUCUAGCUUGAGUUCAACUCAAGUUAAACUACUUAAUUGACCUCUUACACAUGAAUAAUGAAUAGUUAUCCGGAAUCACUAUAACUGACAGUCCCAGGAACCAGUGUGCCUUACCGAAAGGGUUUCGGUAAAUUUACCGGUAAAAAUUUCAGUAAAUUGUCGGUAAAUUUUCGGUAAAACUUUUUUUUACCGAAAGAGUUUCGGUAAAUGUUCGAAACAAUUUACCGAUAAAUUUACCGGUAAAUUUACCGAAACUAUUUCGGUAAAAGUUUCGAUAAAUUUUAUCGGAACUUUGAGGCGACUGUUCAGCGUGUUCGUGAUGUUUGGGAUGUUGUUCAGAAUGUUCUAAAUUGGUCACAUCAGUCACUUCCCUUGUCAAAAAAAGAACGCCGGUGCCGCGCCUUUUCGGUAUCGACGGCACCGCUCGGCGCCUCAAUUUUUCUGUUUUCUUUUAACGAACAGUUUAUUUUCGAAUGAGGAAUUUUGGGGACACAUUAAAUGCGAAACUCGUUGCAUAGCAGUAUAAAAAAUUUGAUUGAAAAAAUUUUUUUUUUAAAAAUUUGAAAAAAUUAUUUAACAAAAAAAAAUCAAAAUUGUUCUUUCGGUAAUUGUCGAAAGGAACGAUUUACCGGUAAAUUUACCGAAGCUCUUUCGGUAAAAACGUUUUCACCGAAAAUUUACCGAAAAUUUACCGAAAUUCACUUCUUUCGGUAAAAAAAAAUUUCGGUAAGGCACACUGCCAGGAACACGGUUUUUAGGUCUUUUUACUGUUUCAGGUUCGCCCAAGCGGUCAAGGACACCAUUUUUCACAUGUUUUUCGUCAAAAAUUACCCAAAUUUUGUACGAUUUCGGCGAUUUAAUUGCAUAAAUUUGUUAAACUAAUCAUCGCGCACUUUUUGAGAGCUUCAAACGAGCAGGUUUUAUUCAGAAAUUCAAUCAAUUGUAUCGAUUUUCCAGUCGUUUCUGAAAAAACGUCACGUGAUCAAUCUCUGUCCCAUUUUUGGCGCCGCCCGUUUGAUUGACGGACGGAUUCAAGAGCCCGUCUGUUAAUGGAACAUUUCUUCCAUUCUCGAGUAAGAGUAAAUUGGAAAAGGCGGGGUCCCGAAUGAUCGAUGAUGGCGCGUGCGUGGCUCCGCUUUUCUAGAUUCGAAAUUGUCGAAAUUGUCAAAGCGUCAGCCAAAAGCCUAUUGAAAAUGAGACUCUUCCUGCUCGUCUUCGCCGUUUGGCUCGUCAUGGGUAAGUCUGUCUGAAAAUGAUCGUUGAAUCUCGAAUUUCUCAGUCAACGGUGCCUACGAAAAAACGCCGGAAGAGUGUGAGAGAAGCGCGAACGAGGACCGGCAAAAGUACGGACGGGAGCAUGGCAUCGAGAUGACGCAAGUUGUAAGAGAGUAGCAGAGUUGAGCGGAAGAACUCAACGCAAGAAUUUUUAUCUUUUUUAGAAAAUUUUUUCAUGAAAUGUGAUCAACUGACGAAAUGUAGAGCAAAGUGAACUGUGCUCAUAGAAAAAUAAUUGUAAAUUUAGCUGCUCAUACAAAAAAGUUAUUCGAGUUGUUCCGUGAAAAUGUCCUUCUGUCUUCCGUCUCGAAUAACUUUUUUGUAUGAAAAGCUAAAUUUACAAUUAUUUUUCUAUGAGCACAUUUCACUUUGCUCUACAUUUCGUCAGUUGAUCACAUUUCAUGAAAAAAUUUCCAAAAAAAGAUACAAAUUCUUCCGUGUUCUCAUUCAAUUUUUCAGAAGUUCGACUUUGAACUCUUCGAGAAAUACCGUCAAACGAUCCCGCAAUGCCCCCACAAAACAGACCUCGACUCGAGUUUUGUGGCGAUGCCCCCCGCGGAAGAAGAAGAAGAAGAAGAAGAAAAAGAGAAAAAGUUUGCGGAUUUCAGUCCGGGCUGUCCGCAAGCCACAAAAGUCGCUUGCAUUUGGGGCCGAUGCGACGGGGACCAGUUCCGCGACGAUGGAUGUCAGGGCGACACGCUCGUCGUCGUUUUUAGCGACUAA